AUGGCAGAAAAUCGGGCUGUUGGCGGCAUCAAGAGGAAAUACCCCGCUGACGGAGUCGGGGGCUUCUGUGAUGGUCCGGACUCUUCCAAAGCCCGCAAAGUCAAACAGGAACAGGUCCAUCGCGAAGAAAGCGAUCGAACAAACGGCAAGUACAAUCCUAGCCAACAGCCAGACGGCUCCGUAGUAAAUGCAAACAAUACAAUAAUUUGCUUUGGAUCUAUUUGCAACAUUCAUGCGCAAUUCCUCACUGGCCCACCUGCAGGUUGCAACUCCUCCUUAUCAAACGCACAUGGAGAUAACAAGGAAUCGACUCAUCAUCUUGAGAUUCUUUUGGGUUCUGAGAACUGUGUAAUAUACUCUCCAUUGGCAGAUGAUAUAAUAGGCUUCGUCAAUUUGGGAGUUUCCAACGCUCUGAAGGAUUUAUUCGAAAUUGAAGACACACGACUGACAAUCUCUCUUCUACAUUCAGAGUGGAAAUGUAUGACACAAUACAACACUUCGAAAUCCUGGGAAACAAGUGUCGAGAUCACUAUUUUUGGAUCACGGAAGAAUGCUCUGCUUGUUGGUGAUUGCUUAUCAUCUCAAGCAUUAUUCCUUCAAGACCCGACAACCUAUUGUGAUAUUCAAUAUGAAAACCCUCAUAAAUUCCCAUUCAUGAGUGUUGAGGAGCUUGAUAGCGAAGCAUCUGAUUUAGAUGACUACGAUUGCCUUACUAUCGAUGAACCUGUACCUACUUCCGCCAAAAUCUCAAAGAGAAGGUUGCAGAAUCUACUUGACAAUUUGCACGAGCACGACUACCUUGAGCAAGUUCAGCCCGAUGAGCACCUGAUUAUUCCACUUUUUGCCCACCAGAAAGAAGGCAUCGAUUUUAUGAUACGCCGAGAAACGGGUCGAUCAACAUCUUCCAUAUCCCUCUGGGAUGCUCAGAUGGACAAUUACAGCAAUCUUUGCCAUUAUCAUGCAAUCACCGGUGAUUCCGCUCUAGAGGUCCCAGUUGGCCCCUUGGGUGGCAUCAUUGCGGAUACGAUGGGCCUUGGUAAAACAGUGACAACGUUGUCAACCAUUGCCAGCACUCUUCUUCACGCGAAAGAAUGGGGCAAGAGAAGGGGCACGCCUUGGUCGGCUGGUCUAAGAACAGUAGCAGCCACAAUGGUUGUUGUCCCAAAUGAAGCGUUGAUGGAACAAUGGCUCGAUGAGAUCCGCGAUAAAUUCAAGCCGGGAACUUUCAAAACCUGCAAAUACCACGGUGCCUCGCGCAAAGUCCAUUUCCCCACCUUCGAGGACUACGAUAUUGUGUUGACAACAUACGGAACUAUCAGUACGGAGUUUACUGAGAAGGAAAGUCCAAUAUUCCGAACAACCUUCUUUCGCAUCGUUUUGGAUGAAGCACACCACAUAAAAUCGAGGUCCACGAGGAUCCAUGAAGCGGCAUGUAAUAUUUCAGCAGACAGACGCUGGUGUCUCACUGGGACCCCAAUACAGAAUGAUCUCGAUGAUCUUGGUGCUCUGGUGUCUUUCCUUCGUGUCCCUCUACUUGAAGAACGAGAAGUUUUCCGGAAACACAUUGUCUAUCAAACCAACAACAUAGGUGGCAAUCGCUUUGAAAACCUUCGCUUAUUGCUUAGUUGUAUAUGCCUUCGUCGAACUAUGAGCCUUGGUAUGCUUGCGGAACCAACGAUCAACAAUCUAAAGUUGAACCUGGCUCCCGAAGAAAGGGAAGCAUACAAUAAUAUACUGGACUAUCACAAUCGACUCAUUGAUAUCUCAGUCAGCAAAGUGGGCUCCGCGGGUGCGUUCCAAACAGUUCUGCAGCUGCGAAUAUUCUGCAAUAACGGGCUCUACAGAAAGAAGGACAUCCGAGCCUCCCCUACCGAUCUCCUUACUUCUGAAGAGUACUUGAAAUUUCUGCAAGAGAACCAUGGAUCUCAGUCUCCUGGUAUUGACAGUGAAACUCUGGCUCUUGGCUCAUACAAGUUCUCAGACUCUAAAUCUUCUCCUGAAUCCUCUUAUUCGAUCGGCGAACCUUGCAGAAUGUCCCUACAAAUCAGUAAUAUCCUGGACCUGGCAAAAAUAGAAAGUCCUGCGUCCGAGCUAUUGCACACUCCUCAUCUAUUUCGGGAAUCUCUGACCCCGGAGUACUUAUCUCUGGUCGAUCAAUCUCCGCAAACUCUCGAAGGGAUGUUCUCAACAAAACAUCGUGCCAUUUUGAAGACUAUCCUUGGCCAUAUUCCGCAAGAGAAAGGAAUUGUCUUCUCAGCCUGGACCAAGAGCCUCGACAUCAUGGCUGAGCUGCUACGCCAGCACGACAUUACCUUUGCCCGAGUAGACGGUUCCAUGUCGUUUUCGCAACGUCAGCAGGCCUUCCAUAGCUUCAAAACGAGCAGUCACGUGAAUAUUCUUUUGAUGACUAUUGGCACCGGUGCGGUUGGACUGAAUCUCUCCAUCGCCACACGGGUGCAUAUCAUGGAACCAUCGUGGAAUCCAACGGUCGAGCAGCAGGCAAUCGGGCGCGUUGUUCGUCUCGGGCAAAAGCGACCGGUGGUGAUCACUCGGUAUAUUAUGGAAGAUACAGUUGAAGAGAGCGUAGUGUCUCGCCAAGACUUGAAACUCGACGUCGCUAUGAGUGGUUUUGAGAGGGCUUCUCAUGAAGGAGCUGGUGAUGAUGAAUCCUUUAAUGGGAGAUGA